GAUGGGGACCACGAAGCGUCAUCCCUUCCUGCUGGAGACCGUCUGGACGGACAAGUGGAAGUUCGAUGAGGCGGAGCGGCUGUUCUGGGAGGUUUGGGGUAUCCGCCGGCCGACAGAGGAGAUGGGUGAUAGGAGGCGGGGGAAGGGCUGCCCGUGGGCGAAGCCGGUGCCCACGAAGGAAGUUGAUGGGGCUGACCUGCUCCCGCCAAACGCGGCGAAGAGUGACCGCGGGAAGUCGUCUGCCACCAGCCGCCCUGCGGUGGCCUGUCACCACGUCGUCGGCGGGGUCUGGGUCAACAAGGAUGCCUUCGACACGGCGGAGCGGCUGUUUGUCGAGCGGUUGCAGGUGCCCAGUGUGCCGCGCUCCCUGCCGAUCCUCGGCUCACGUGUGAUUCUGACAUCGCGGGCCACCCCGGAUGAGGGGUACAUCAGCGCCACGCCGGGCACCCCACUCACCCCUGGCCCCCGGGCGAGCGGGAUCCCUUCCAAGACCCCCUGGUGCCCACCGUUGCCUGGGGUGUGGCUGGAAAAGCCGCUGUACGACGAUGCUGAGCGGCUGUAUCAAGAGGCCCUGUGCCAGGAACGAGCAUCAGAGAGAGGUGGACGACCUCCAGGCCAGUGUUGCCCCAGGGCCCGCCACCCAUGCCCGUCUCACCCAGCAGAGGCCCAUUCAUCACCUGUAGUGGCCUUAUCACCAGCGGCAGUCCAUCAGCACCUCAUUCACCAAGACAACGAGCCGGUUUGGUUCAGUAAACCCGCCUAUGACACUGCUGAGCUGUGUUAUCACCUGUAUGGAAUCCAGGCAACGCCCAGCAGGAGCCGGGAGGUGGCGCCGGCCCCUGCCACUCCACAAACAGCUCCAGCUGAGAGGCCUCCCUCUGCUCCUCGUCCUCCAUGGCUCCAGGAUAAGACCAUGGCGGUUAACUUUUUAGCUAACGAGAAUAUCUGGUUUGACAAAUACAAGUAUGAUGACGCAGAGGUGCAGUACUACCGGCAUCUGCAUGGAUCGGUCCCUACCAAUACCCCAGUAGAAAAUACGGCACGGGAUUCCCCAGCUGUGCAGGAGAACGGAGCGAGUAACAUCCUUCGGGACAUUGCCAGAGCCAGGGAGAAUAUCCAGAAGUCACUGGCCGGAAUCUCGUCUGUCUGCGAGGCUGGCAGAAAUCCCAAAGAAGCGGUCCGUGAUAGCGUCGAGCCCGUCUCGAGCCAUAGCGCAAUCCAGGGUGCGGAUAAUGAGCUGUGCUCCCGCGUCACCAGCUUGGAGAGGGAGAACCAGAACUUGCACAAGGAGGUGGAAGAACUACGGUUAAUGUUCUCGAAGUUGGAGCUGCGUCUUUCCACAAUGGAGAAGUCCUUGACCAGCGCCAAACCCGUGGUGUCUGCACCAACCCAGCCCAGCAAGCCCAGCACAAAGCAGCCGGAGGAGGACGAUGACGACGACGACCUGGACCUCUUCGGCAGCAGCGACGAGGAGGACAGCGCGGAGAGCGAGCGGGUCCGGGAGGAGCGGCUCCGCCAGUACGCCGAGAAGAAAUCCAAGAAGCCCGCCCUCAUCGCCAAAUCCUCCAUCCUCCUGGAUGUCAAACCUUGGGACGACGAGACGGACAUGGCGAAGCUGGAGGAGUGUGUGCGCACAGUGCAGAUGGACGGCCUGGUGUGGGGGGCCUCCAAGCUGGUCCCCGUCGGCUACGGCAUCAAGAAGCUCCAGAUCCAGUGCGUGGUGGAGGACGACAAGGUCGGCACCGACGAGCUGGAGGAACAGAUCAUCACGUUUGAGGAUUAUGUGCAAAGUGUUGACGUUGCUGCCUUUAACAAGGUCUAAACCAGCAAGUACUUUGAGUUACUGAAGAAUAAAGGAAUUCUGUGCAGAAGUUAAUCCUCUGUCCUCCUCGUCUUCAUUGCGACUUCUCAGUCCUGUUACUAAAGAUGGUGUCAGUCAG